AUGGUGGGCUCCAUCAUGAAUUACCACUGCAACCAGAGAGGAGGAGAUGGAUUCCAGAACUCCGCCCCCAGACCAGGGAUCAAGGUGCCCAUUGCUGCAAAAGGGAAGAGAGGUAGCCAGCUCAGAUUAAUCUGCCUGGAGUACUUAUACCUGAACACAAUAUUGGAGAUGGCGGAGAUGUUCUUUCCCCCAUACUCCAUCUCCACCAAGUACUCCUGUGGAGUAACUCCAAAUUGCAAGUAG